UAAAAUAACAUAUCAUUCCCUUGCCCAGGAGCUCUUUUUCUGCCGCAUUGUCAUCACUUGCUUCAAAAGCUGGGGAGUCGAAUCUGCACAGAGAAAGCUGAGGGAGUUUUUUUGGCAAUACAAGGGUCCCUCAAAGAAAGCUUCCUUUAUUUGCUUUCCAUAAAGUGUCAGUAUGGCCUUGUUGUCUCAGAAGGAGACCUUCAGAUUAGAUACAACAGAAUUAGUGAGAAGGGUGUUGCCUAAGUUGUGUCUUUGAUAUCCACUGGAAUGAAUCGAGGGCAGUUACCGUAUGUGAGCAGGGGCUGGGAAGUAAACAGGGACUGAAGACUAUUGCUGACUGUAAGAACCAAGAUGUUAAAUAAUUUAAUAGAGUGUCUUUUAGUGGAUAAUGAUAUUUAGUUAUUACGACCCUGAAGUAAAUUUGAAUAGGGUCCACAGAGUUAAUUUGGUGUCCUUAUCAAGUUAAUUCCUUCCCUUUUGCAUUAAUGUCUGAGACUCGCAGCUACCGAUGGUUUUUUAAAACCUGCAAAAGGCAGGGAAGCGCUUGUCUGUGGUGACUCAGAGACUUGUGACCGAGCAGGAACCAAAUCCAGGUCUCCCAUGUUACAGACCACUAACCUUUUUUUUCCCCAAGGUUUCAAAGAAUGCUCAGUUGUUCGUGUAACAUGGUGGUCUGUGGAGUCAGCAGUUCAACUCCUUUCUGUUUGCUCUGCCUCAGGUUGAUAAUACUUGCUGGAAAACUGCUCUUAUUAGUGAGAUAAAGCCACAUUUUCAAAGUGAUGUUUUCCUGGAAAGCAGCAGUGCCGUUGCUCUGUGCGGGAGUGCGGCCAUGGUAGACUUGUCAGUAGCCAAGUUUGAGAAUUUGAGUUACAUUCGAAUAACAGUUCAGAAAAAAAUAUUUGUAAUAGUGGCAGUUGAAGGCUUGUGCAACAAUACUAUAGAAACUACAGGAAUAGUUGAUUCAGAACUGAUGAGCGGGUAAAAAUUAAGUCACUUAACCGUAUGGGUUUGAAUGGAGGCACGUGUACUUCAAAGUGUGGAUGCUAGAAAUAAAAGACAUUAGAAGAUGAGAACUGAAAGAAAUGAAGUACUGAAAGUUUAGAACCAUCAGAACUGUGAAAAUGCCACUGUGUUUUCACACUUCUUUUACUAAGGUUGUAUAUUUAUUACAAUGCAAAUAAUUCCAAUGCUCUUUAUUUUCUACCCACAGCAUAUCAACAAAGUACAAAAGCCUGUGUCCCAUUUUAGAUUUCCCUAGCCUUCCUUUUGAAUUGGGUAUCCAUAGAAGGAAAAUGUUACUUCCAAGAUGUAGGAAUGUCAAUUUUUAAACAUCCUAUUUUGCUUUAUAAUUUGUUGAUGGUCUGAAUUUAAAAUGUUGUGCAUUUUAUUCUCUUUGCAUUGUGUGUGCAUGAUAAAGAUUCUUUGUAGGUUAGUAUGAGAAGUUCUGAAAAAUGAGUAGUUUCGGGUGAGUUCAAAGUGAGUCCUGCGGUGUCACCGCUCCGUGCCGUGCGGUGCUGAAUGUGCUGAUGUGCAGGUUUCGUGUCUGACAUGCCUCAGGAUCUGCACCCUGGAAUCUCAGCUCUGCGGGCCCUCCCUCCGUGUUCGCUCACCCUCGGCAGGUCAGGUUGCCAUUCUUCACAGGGCUGCGCUGUCAGCAGCGCUGCUUCCAGGAACACCGAGCAAAGAAUAAAUCAUUAUUUGAGGUGGAAAUACGUACGAACCCAAGCAAUGCACAAGAUGGAGAGAUCUUUAUAAAAAUAGGCAGCAUAUGUAAUCCUGUGCCACCGCCUCCUACAGAGCUGCUUUCUGUGUGGUGAUGAGUCUCUUUUAUAGGCCAGGCCCUCCUUGAUCAACUCUGGUUAUUUUGGUGCUCUGCUCCCUAGUGCUGUUUAGUUAUACAGGAAAAAAUAUUGCGUGUAAAACAGGUCUGGAAUUUGAAUUGGAAGAGUUAUCGCAGAAAAGCCUUUGAACGUGGAGGUGCAUGGCAGUGCAGGUGUUGGAGCGGAGCCCGCUGGAGCCAAGAGAUGAGCCGUCAGACGGCGACCGCGCUGCCCACGGGUACGUCCAAGUGCACGCCGUCGCAGCGGGUGCCCGCGCUGACCGGCACCACCGCCUCCAACAAUGACCUGGCGAGCCUCUUCGAGUGCCCCGUGUGCUUCGACUAUGUGCUGCCGCCCAUCCUGCAGUGUCAGAGCGGCCACCUCGUCUGUAGCAACUGUCGCCCCAAACUCACGUGCUGCCCGACUUGCCGUGGCCCGCUGGGCUCCAUCCGCAACCUGGCCAUGGAGAAAGUUGCCAAUUCUGUACUAUUCCCGUGUAAAUACGCCUCGUCCGGCUGCGAGAUAACUUUGCCGCACACGGAAAAAGCAGACCACGAGGAGCUGUGCGAGUUCAGGCCUUACUCCUGCCCGUGCCCCGGUGCCUCGUGUAAAUGGCAGGGCUCCCUGGAUGCCGUGAUGCCGCACCUGAUGCAUCAGCACAAGUCCAUCACCACGCUGCAGGGAGAAGACAUCGUGUUCCUCGCCACAGACAUUAACCUCCCUGGUGCUGUUGACUGGGUUAUGAUGCAGUCUUGUUUUGGCUUUCAUUUCAUGUUAGUAUUGGAGAAACAGGAGAAGUAUGAUGGUCACCAGCAGUUCUUUGCGAUCGUACAGCUGAUAGGAACCCGCAAGCAAGCGGAAAACUUUGCGUAUCGGCUCGAGCUGAACGGUCACAGGCGGCGACUGACUUGGGAGGCGACUCCUCGCUCCAUUCACGAGGGAAUCGCGACAGCCAUCAUGAAUAGUGACUGCCUAGUCUUUGACACCAGCAUCGCACAGCUCUUUGCAGAAAACGGCAAUUUAGGCAUCAACGUAACUAUAUCCAUGUGUUGAAAUGGCAAUCAAACCCCUUCAGGCCAGUGUUGAAAAAGGUUGAGUUUAAUUUAGCUGAACUAGGGUAACCAUCUUUGACUGUCAAAUUAUUGGGUAGAUGGAGGGUAGACGUAAAUGAAGGUAAAUAAAAGGAGAGGCUGGUAAAGUACAGGAAGCAGUUGCAUGUAGUAACACUAAUAUAUUUAAAAUAAGUCCACAGUAAACCACUGAGAAUAUAUAUACACCCGAAAUGGACAUCUUUUGUAUUAAGAAUCGAUUCUACAGGACAUGUUGUAAAAUAAUUCUAAAAACUCGUUUGUAGAUUGAUUGUACUGUUGACGAGGAUACUGUUUCGUGUUUUCGUUGGUGUUUUUUCCUCCCCUUGACUGACAAGCCAUGCUGAGCGGUCUGUCCGCCGCUGCUUCCCCUCCUCCCCGCCCCCUUUGUAAGUCACUACAUAGUAUUGCUGCUGUUUGUGUAUAUUUUUUGUGUAUUUGCUAAUUUUUAUUAACUUCUAGUUUUUCAUUAAAUAAAUAUGACUUUCUUUUCUGUAA